ACUUGGCACAUAAAUGAAUUCAAAUUGGUAGGCAACGUAGAUUAUGUUAUCCUUGUCACUUUUAACUUUGUUAGUGCGCCUUUGUAGUCUUUUUUCGAUUAAGACCCUUGUUCUUUACCCGACUGUCCUUGGCCUCUAGACAUCAUGGCCGAGUCAAACACUAUUCCAUUAGGCGCGACAACUGCAGCCACUAGUAGACUAUGCUUUACAAUCUUGUGCUCAUUUGUCGCUCCUAUAGUAUUUGCGAUUGCUGUUUUGUUGUAUCAAGCUGACCCAUUUGAUCCAGCACCAUUCCCUGCAGACGAGUCAACCAAUAAUAAGGUAGCUACUGCAGCAAAAAUCAACAGCGGGAUGCUUAGGGAGUCGGAGUUUAUCGUGUCUGGUCAACUCUUUGGCCCCGAGGAUGUGGCUUAUGAGCCUAGAUCACGGUAUAUGUAUACUGGUUGUGCAGAUGGAUGGAUCAAGCGAAUCAAUGUUGGUGAAUCGGAUGUUGACUUAGUGGUUGAGGAUUGGGUCAGUACUGGUGGGCGCCCUCUUGGAAUUGCUAUUGCGAAUAAUGGAGAUCAUGUCAUUGUUGCUGAUGCAUACAAGGGCCUGCUGAAAAUCACUAUGAACAAAGAAAUCAGUCUACUAACUAAUGAAGCUGAAGGAAAGAAAUUCAUGUUUACAGAUGGUGUCGAUAUUGCUAGAGAUGGUACAAUAUAUUUCACAGAUGCUUCGUACAAAUACGGGUUCCAUAAUUACUUGAACGACAUCUUAGAAUACAGACCGUAUGGCAGACUCCUGAGCUAUGAUAACAAUACUAGAGACACAAAAGUUCUACUUGAAGACCUCUACUUCCCCAAUGGAGUUACAGUUUCGCCUGAUCAGAAUUCGCUCAUCUUUUGUGAAACGCCUUUGAAAAAGUGCAAAACAUAUUGGAUACAAGGUAGCAGGAAGGGAGAAGUUGAUGUAUUCAUCGAUAAUCUUCCUGGAUUUCCAGAUAACAUCCAUAGUGAUGGGCAGAACAGAUAUUGGAUCGCGAUGUCCUCUUGGCUUAAUCCGUAUUUAGAGCAAGCAAGGCGCUACAGAUUUGUACGGAAGUCCCUGUUGAUAAUAGACAGAUACAUCAGUAUACACCAUAUACAGAGAAACGGCGGUAUUCUUGGUGUAGAUUUUGAGGGAAAUCCAACAGUGCACGUCUAUGAUCCAGUUAUGUCGCUCAUCACAAGCGGGAUUAAGAUUGAAGAUCAUCUAUAUAUUGGUUCUCUAAAUUAUGACCAUAUUAUUCGCUUAAAUUUGAGCAGUUUAUUGAGUCCACCAAUUGAAGGUAACUGAAUUUAUCAUCUCAGCAUCUUCCAGACUUUUUAAACAUCAACCUGAUAUUUUUGACAGUGAAUCUUCCUGCAAUCUUUUAUGUAAUAACAAGAUUUUACAAAUCAUAUUACAUAUUUCUUGUUUUGCUUC